AUGAUGCGCGAACAAUAUGGAAAGGAAUGCAAGAUAUGUUCUCGUCCGUUUACCGUUUUUCGGUGGAGUCCUGGUCCCAAGGCUCGCUUCAAAAAAACAGAAAUCUGUCAGACGUGCGCUAAGGUGAAGAACGUCUGUCAGACAUGUAUUUUUGAUCUGGAGUAUGGUCUUCCCGUUGAGGUCCGAGAUAAGGCUCUUCGACUAAACCAGCAACUCCCCCGAAGCGACGUUAAUCGGGAAUAUUUCCACCAGCAAAUUGAACAGCAGCUAGAGGCCUCGGGUGACGUUACGGCCCCCUAUGGGGGUCACGAAUUCAUUGGGAAAGCGAUUGUUAGCUCCAAUGCCUCCACAGGGACUGCUAGCUCUGAUCUGCUCCUAAAACUUGCUCGCACCACACCUUACUACCGGCGCAAUCGUCCGCACAUUUGCUCAUUCUGGGUGAAGGGCGAAUGUCGUCGAGGUGAGGAGUGUCCCUAUAGACAUGAAAAACCAACUGAUCCCGACGAUCCCCUCUCGGACCAGAAUCUUCGUGAUCGCUACUACGGCAAUGACGACCCCGUCGCCGCAAAACUGCUUUCAAAAUACCGCGCAAUGCCGAAGCUAACGCCACCCGAAGAUAGCACCAUCACCACAAUAUACAUUGGUGGUGUGCCGGCGGAUAUAACGGAGAAGGAUCUUCGCGAUCAUUUCUACCAGUUUGGCGAGCUACGGUCAGUCAGCGUACACUACAAGCAGCACUGCGCCUUUUUACAGUUCACUACCCGUGAGGCCGCUGAGCGCGCUGCUGAGCGAAGCUACGAUCGUUUGAUUUUACGGGGCCAUCGUUUGACCGUGAAUUGGGGAAAAUCGCCAGCUGCCUUGGCUGCUGCAAGCGCUGGGAUAAGUGUGACUGGAGUGAUUGAUGCAGGGCCUUUACCUCCGGUUCCGGGUCUUCCAUUGCCACCUGUACCGCCACCCCCUUCGUUGCUCUCUUCGGUGUCCGCGUCUUCCGUCUGCCCAAUGCCUGCGAUUCCCGGUCCGAGCGGUGCUUUCUUCUCUGCCCCUCCGCCUCCACCUCUACCCAUGCCCGUGGUUCAACUCGCGCCUCCCGUUGUUGAUCCUGCUGCUUUUAUGACUGGACAGAGGGGACCUCUGCCACCUCCGCUGCUGUCAGCACCACCACCGCCGCCACCGCCACCUCCAGUCCAUUUCACGAAACCAAGAAUUGACGCAUUCAUGUCAAACCAGGACGCAAAGUUUUUCGCUAAUCAACAGCUCAACCAUCUCUCUGGAAUAGCAGCAAUCAAGCGUUCCACGCACAGAGCAACCUUUGUCUACAUCUUUAUUAAGCCAGUGUCCAAGUGGAUGAGUGGACAGGUGAAUCUUCUUCCUGGAUUUCACAUCACCACAAAAACGGUCGCUGUCAUGAGUGACGCCAAGCUUGGCAGUUGCUGUAACAACGCCUCACAUAGCCUUCAUCAACCAGCCGGACGGUUGAAGCCUGGGAAGGCUUUAACAAUUACUCCAACCUCAGCAAAUUCUGAUACCGUCGUUGUUGGUGCUGUAGCCGCUGCAAUUAGGUGUGCUUCUAGUGUUAAUGUUUUGUCUUCAAUUACAAUCUUCAUCACAGCAAUUCUUUUCACAAAUCCAAACGUCUCUGCCGCUGUUCCUGCUAGUCAAGCCCUUGCUUAUACCACAACUCUCAAAUCCACGCCAACCACGACCACUGAUAAUGACGCCAUAGCGACAGAAACAACAACUUCAUCGUUGCCUUAA